CAGGGCAGCUCGGUCCAGCCCCUUCGAACCCCCAGCUUAGCUUAACUGGCCUCGGAGCCCCCUUCCUCGGCGGACGGCCCCGCCACAGCUGGCUCUCAUUAGCUGAAGGCCUGGCGAGGGGCCAGCCUCCACCCGCCUAGUCUCCCCCUCUCAGCCGCGGCCCGGCAGGCCCGCCAGUCUUAGGCUCGCUCUAGAAGGGGACACAGCAAGAGCACCACGAGCAGGUCGGGAACCCCAGGUCCCAGGAGAGCCUGUGGGGGGGUCCCCCAGCCCACUCACCCCUGGUCCCCAAGGCCCAGGCAGCCAGGUUCUUGGCCCCACUCCCAGCCUGGGGGCGGGUGCCCAGGCAUCCGUCAGGCCUCAGGCAGGCCUGCCUCCUUCCCAGGUGACAUCUGGAGUCCAGCAUGUUGGCAGCUUGGGCUCCAGCACUGUGGCUGAUCAGCCUGUGGGUCACCUGUGGCAGUCAAGAAGCGGACACUGGUGAACAAUGCCCAACCCUGCAACAAGAGGGGCUGAGGCUAGAGGCCGGUGGUGAUGCCCCAGCCAACAUGACAGGUUUCAAUCUCAUCAAGAGGUUUGCCCUCAUGAAGGUCUCAGCCAUCAAAAGGAUCCGGAACCCCAAAGGGCCCUUCAUUCUGCGGCUGGGGAAUGCCCAGAUUGCUCUCCCCACAGCCCAGGUGUUCCCUGGGGGUCUCCCUGACCAGUUUGCAAUAGUGCUGACCCUUCUGCAAAAACAGACAAGCAAAGACACCUGGUAUUUACUGCAAGUGACUGAUAAGGAUGGGUACCCACAGAUCUCCUUGGAGGUCAACAGUCAUGACAAGAGCUUGGAGUUCCGGGCCCGUGGCUUGGAUGGCGACUUUGUGUCCUGCAUCUUCCCUGUGGCCCAGAUCUUUGACCUGCACUGGCACAAGCUGGUGCUGAGUGUGACCGGGCGAGUGGUCUCUGUCCACGUGGACUGUGCCUCCGUCUCCUCACAACCCUUGGGUCCGCGGCAUGUGGUGCUUCCCGAGGGCCACGUCCUCCUGGGCGUGGAUGCCGAGCGAGGCAAGCCCGUCUUUUUUGAUUUACAGCAGGCCCACAUCUACUGUGACCCUGCCCUGGUGAUGGAGGAAGGCUGCUGUGAGGUCUCACCAGCUGGGUGCCCUCAGGAGGCCUCCAAGGCCCGGCGGGACACCCAGAACAAUGAGCUCAUCGAGAUUAGUCCACAGGCCGAGGGCAAGGUCUACACUCGAUGCUUCUGCCUGGAGGAGCCGCAGGGCAGCAAGGUGAAUGCUCAGCUCUCAGGAAAUGCUGAAGUACAGAAAGAGAAAGAAAGCAAGGACCCCUCCUGGCUAGAGAAGACUAUGCCAGCGGAUGAGUGCCCACCCUGUGCCAGCCAUGCCAUGGAGAACAAUGUCACACUGGGUCCUCCUGGUCUUAAGGGUGGGAAAGGUGAGCGGGGUCUACCUGGCUCUGAAGGACCCAAAGGAGAGAAAGGAGCUCGGGGUUCUGACUGUGUCCGUACCUCCCCGGAGGCCCCUCUCCAGUGCGCUGAAGGUCCCAAGGGUGAAAAGGGAGAUCGAGGAGACCCGGGUCCCACUGGAAUUACUGGAUCGACUGGGCAGAAGGGUCAGAAAGGAGAGAGAGGAGAUGCAGGCUUCAAGGGUUCCGUGGGGAAGCCUGGCCGAGAUGGCCGGCCUGGGGAGAUCUGUGUCAUUGGGCCCAAAGGGCAGAAGGGUGAUCCCGGCUUCGUUGGACCAGAGGGACUGGCUGGAGAGCCAGGGCCCCCAGGACUCCCAGGACCCCCUGGGAUCGGGCUGCCAGGAAAGCCCGGCGACCCUGGUGGCCCAGCUGGUCCAAAAGGAGACAAGGGAAGCUCUGGGUAUCCAGGGAAGGAAGGUCCAGGAGGAAAGCCUGGGAAACCAGGGAUACCAGGGCUGAAAGGAGAAAAGGGUGACCCCUGUGAAGUGUGUCCUACACUGCCCGAGGGGCUCCAGAACUUCGUGGGACUGCCAGGAAAACCUGGCCCAAAGGGGGAGCCAGGAGAGCCUGGCAAGCUCCAGGAUUACCUAGGCAGCGCUACGGGGAGGAAGGGCGACCGGGGAGAACCUGGCAUCAGUGGAAUGAAAGGUGAAAAGGGGGAGCCAUGUCUGUCCUGCAGCCCAGGCAUAGGUGCUCAGAACUUGCUGGGGAUCAAGGGAGAAGUGACUUUCCCAGGUUUUGGACUGCCUGGCCCCCCAGGGAAAGCUGGGGCACCAGGCCCAACAGGAAUUAAGGGAGAGAAGGGUAAUUUUGGUGAGAUGGGGCCAGUUGGCCAACCGGGGACUCCUGGAGCCAUGGGACCCACUGGCAUUAAAGGGGAGAAGGGGGAGCCAUGUGAGCAGUGCUUUUCCGUGUCAGAGACGUAUAAUGGGGCCCUCCCCGGACCUCCCGGGGAGAAAGGGGAACCAGGACAGCCUGGUAGUGGCCAGCCUGGGAAGCCGGGUAAAGCAGGGGACCCUGGAUUGAAGGGGCAGAAGGGUGAUGCAGGGAACCCAGGAGACCCUGGGAAGCCAGGCACCGAGGGACAGCCAGGGCUGUCAGGACAACCUGGGGUCAGGGGUCGUCCAGGGCCCAAAGGCGAAAAAGGAGAUGCCUGCGACGCCUGCCCCACACUGCAGGGAGAGUUUGCAGACGUUGUUGGAAUUCCUGGGAAACCUGGUGCCAAGGGAGACCAGGGCCCCGAGGGUGUGGGCCGGCCUGGCAAACCGGGACAGCCCGGCCUGCCUGGUGUGCAAGGCCCCCCUGGGCUGAAAGGUUUGCAGGGUGAGCCAGGGCCUCCGGGAUUGUCAGUCCAAGGUCCUCCGGGAGAGACCGGCAAUCGGGGUUUGCCCGGCACCAUGGGACCUCCAGGACCUCGGGGACCACCAGGCUUUGUUGGUGAGAAAGGUGCCAAGGGCUCUGCUGGGGUGAAAGGUGCCAUUGGACCCCCAGGACCCACAGGCCUCAGUGUCACCGGCCCCCCGGGCCGAGAUGGGCCUCGAGGGCAGCCAGGGCUGCCAGGAACCAGUGGGAUGCCGGGGGAGAAGGGAGUCCGAGGUGAAAAGGGAGAUCCAGGGGAGUGCUCCUGCCCCCCCGGUUCCCGAGGAGAACCUGUCUUCUCUGGCAUGCCGGGUGCUCCAGGACUUUGGAUCGGCAGCUCCUGGCAGCCGGGCCCUCAGGGUCCUCCAGGAGUCCCCGGACCUCCAGGACCCCCCGGAAUGCCUGGACGGCAGGGAAUACCUGGACACAAUGGUUUGCCAGGACUGCCUGGGCCAGCCGGAGAUUUGGGACCCCUAUCUGCAGAGGCUGAAAGACAUAUUCUGAAGAACAUCUGUGGGGAUUGUGCUCAAGCUCAGACAGGCCUUCCGACCGCCAGCCUGUUGAAAGGAGAGAAGGGUGACCAGGGCACCCCUGGGGUUCCAGGCCUCGACAACUGUGCCCGGUGCUUCCUAGAACGGGAUCGCCCCAGAGCCGAGGAGGCCCAAGGAAAUGGAGAGGGGGACCCAGAAUGUGCUGGGAGCCCAGGCCAGCCUGGCCCUCCAGGACUGCCAGGACAGAGAGGAGAAGAGGGUCCGCCUGGUAUGAGAGGCUCCCCGGGGCUUCCCGGGCCCAUUGGCCCCCCAGGUUUUCCUGGCGCUGUCGGCUCCCCCGGAUUGCCUGGUCUCCAGGGAGAACGUGGUCUCACAGGGCUGACAGGAGACAAGGGGGAGCCGGGCCCACCAGGACAGCCAGGCUACCCGGGUGCCAUGGGACCUCCAGGACUGCCUGGCAUCAAGGGAGAGCGUGGCUACACGGGUCCUGCCGGAGAGAAGGGAGAGUCGGGUCCACCAGGAGCUGAAGGUCUCCCAGGCCCCAUGGGCCCUGCAGGUCCCCGAGGAGAAAGAGGAGCCCAAGGUGGUGCUGGUGAGAAGGGAGACCAGGGAUUUCAGGGACAGCCAGGAUUCCCAGGCCCACCGGGGCCCCCAGGAUUCCCAGGCAAAGCAGGACCAGCUGGUCCACCUGGCCCCCCAGCUGAGAAGGGAAGUGAAGGAAUUCGAGGACCAUCAGGCAUGCCGGGCCCUCCAGGACCUCCCGGACCCCCUGGCAUACAGGGUCCUGCCGGCCUUGAGGGGCUAGAUGGGAAGGAUGGGAAGCCUGGUUUGAGGGGGGACCCUGGCCCUCCUGGACCCCCAGGACUCAUGGGAAUCCCGGGCUUCAAGGGAAAAACAGGACAUCCAGGCCUCCCUGGGCCCAAGGGUGACUGUGGUAAACCAGGCCCUCCUGGCAGCAGCGGACGGCCAGGAGCUGAGGGUGAGCCUGGCCCCAUGGGACCCCAGGGAAGACCUGGCCCACCUGGCCAUGCAGGUCCCCCUGGAUCUCCCGGCCAGCCUGGGCCUUCUGGGAUCAGUGGAAUCGGACUAAAAGGAGAUCGGGGAGCCCCAGGAGAAAGGGGUCUUGCCGGUCUUCCAGGUGAACCUGGCGCACCUGGGCACCCUGGACCCACAGGUGAGCCUGGCGCCGAUGGAGCGACUGGCAAAGAGGGACCUCCUGGAAAACCAGGACCUUAUGGCCUUGUUGGCCCGAAGGGUGACCCCGGAUCUGCAGGACAGAAGGGAGAGCCUGGAGAGAAGGGGAGAGCCGGCAUGCCGGGAGGACCUGGCAAGAGCGGCUCCAUGGGCCCUAUUGGGCCACCAGGGCCUUCUGGUGAGAGAGGCCACCCAGGUUCUCCAGGGCCUGCAGGGUCCCCAGGGAUGCCAGGACUGCCAGGAACAAUGGCAGACUCGGUGAAUUAUGAUGAAAUCAAGAGAUUCAUCAGACAGGAGAUCAUCAAAAUGUUUGAUGAGAGGAUGGCUUACUACACAUCCAGGAUGCAGUUCCCUGUGGAGAUGGCAGCAGCCCCAGGCAGGCCAGGGCCCCCGGGAAAGGACGGCUCUCCCGGCCGUCCAGGCUCUCCAGGCAGCCCUGGGCUCCCAGGACAGAUCGGCAGAGAAGGCCGCCAGGGCUUGCCGGGGAUGAGAGGUUUGCCUGGUACCAAAGGUGAAAAAGGAGACACUGGCAUUGGCAUUGCUGGAGAAACCGGUCUCCCUGGUCCUCCAGGUCCCCAAGGACCCCCAGGGUAUGGAAAGCUGGGCCCGACUGGGCCCAUGGGUCAGCAGGGGAUUCCUGGCAUCCCUGGCCCCCCGGGCCCUACAGGACAGCCUGGAAAGGCCGGCCACUGUAACCCUUCAGAUUGCUUCAGUGCCAUGCCCAUGGAGCAGCAGUAUCCACCAGUGAAAAGCAUGAAGGGGCCAUUUGGUUGAACUGAUGCGCUGACCAUCGGCAUUAAGGACUCUGUUGGAACAGCCAAAGCUCUGUGGUCCUUCUGACUGGUUGUGAAUGAUUCUUAAAAUUGCUGUUGAUAUUUUUUUAAAGAAAACACCUCCUCCAGUGCACGCACACACACACACACACACACACACACACACACACACACACACUCCAAUCCCCUGUUGGAGCUUACCUCUCCAAAUCUCAUGUCUGUCCUUGUACUCUGUUGGCCUGUUCCAGGUUUAGGAAAGGUAAUGUCCCUUGUCAUACGUGCUCAAGCCAGAAAUGGUCUGUAAGGAGGCUGCUCUAGAUGGUCCCUGACUCCAGAUUUCCUUUUUUUUUCAGCAGCUUCUCUUCCAGUUUUUUUUUUCCUUAUGCCUUAUUCCAUCAAGACGACAUCUCUGAGCCUCUCACUCCCUCCUCCUCCUCCUCCUCGGGAUGUUUCUCAGGAGGCCUGGAGAAGCAACUUAGCUUAUCCUUUGGGUGGCAAGACAAUGGAAGGGAGGUUCCAAAAUGCCACUUGUGACUCAUAGAGGUCCCUCCUCGCUCCCUUGCCUGAAAACAGUCUUGCCCUGAUAUUCAUCUCCACGUGUAGACUAUGACCAGAAUCCUGCCUGGUUUAGCUUUCCCUGCACCUUGGAGAAUGCCUGAGUUUACACUUGGCUGCCUGGCAGUGCUUUCAGGCAUGUUAUCCCUCCCCAUCGGUUCAGUAAUUCACUGAUGAUUGAAGGCCUAUGCAAAAGGGAGAAAGAUAAGCUCAUGUCCCCAGCAGAGACAGCUAGGGAACGCCUGGGGGGAAAUGAGGUGGAACCUCCUGUCGGUGAUAAUCUCCAGCCUUGUCUUCAAAAAAUGCUUCUGACAACCCCUUUUCCAAACUGCAAAUUGCAUCAGCUGGGAUUCUAACUCACUGCCUAUUUCCUUUAUAAGGUAACCCGAGUCUCUGGUUUGGAAAUUGGCUUGCAAUGGGCAUAUUGGGGUCCCUGUCAAUGUAGGAACUACCUGUUUUAUUUCUAAAUCUCUGAUGUGCUAAGUCCGAUGGGGCUUGGUGAUAUGCCUCCUGUCUGCCUUUGUACAAUGACCAGGUCAAAAAAAGGCAUUAUAGAAACAUUCCUGCCCCAGCUUCAUCCUCAUCCAAUUUUCCAAAUGCUUGAUCCUUCUGGCCCAGUGGGCUAGUUGCCCUGUGCAAAAAAUAACUGGUGUCCAAAAGGGUUUCCAAAGAAAGCCGCUCAGUUGGAUCCAACCCUGGUUUUCUGAAAGGUUUAUUAGUGAUGGAUAAACUUCAAAGGGACCACAGAGGCAGUAAGUUCAGAUACUUAUCUCAAUCCCUUGGGGUUCUUGGGUAAAUUGUUCCCAUGAGAUUUCUGAAACUCCACUUUUCUGUAUGGGCCUGAAAUAACCAUCUGGUAGCCAGGAGCAGAGGUGUGCUGAUAAGGAAAGGAAGGAGAUCCAUGGGGCCCCUCCCAAUCCCAUAGUGCUUCCAUUGGAGUUCUGAGGAAAGAGGCAGCUGGCUCCUGUUUCAUCCCCAUCAGGGAUGCUUCGUUUACAUGAAUUCCAGGGUGCUCUGUUAGAAAACAAACACAAUCUUUGCAUCAAAGCAUUUGGCUAUGUUCUUGGAUACAGGAAGAGAGAGGAGACAAAUGCUAGCAUUUCUAUUGGAAGCCUGACUUCCAUUUGCCUACGUGGGCUGGGGUAUGUUAAUUGAAGACAUACCACUAUGAGGGACACAUUUGUGGGAAAGGGAAAAAAAAAAGCUGGGUACCAGCUAUCACGUUGGGUACAUUGGCAUAGAAGGUUGAGCUGGAGAAACUCUACUAGGAAGCUUGCAAUGCAUUCUCUUCAAAGGUUAAUAGAGAAUCCCUCUCAUAGCAGGAUGGCUCCUCACUUUAACAAGUCAAGUUAACUGCUAGUCUGGCGAUAAUUACCCUAUAGUCUAAAUUUGAAUCUUUUUUUGAUAGUCUGUCUCACUGAUGUUUAAAAUUGCUGCAUCAUCUUGGGCCAUACGGGACCAUGGGGAAAAAUUGAGCUUACCUUCUCUUGUUAAUGUGGUCAGUGGAAAAUCAGUUUAACCUCUCUCAAACUUGCUCAUCAGCUGCUCUGGUUUUGGGCAAAUGGCAUAGGAGUUGGGCAACCCCCAGAAAAGAGAUGGUCUCUGAAAGCUUUCCUUCUCUACUGGGGCAUUCUUUUCUGUUUUGUGUCUGCCUAAUUGGUUUUCAUCAUCCCAUCCAAAAAAGGCAAGGGGGACAUACUUGUUUGUCCAUGUUGUAAGGUCUCCAGCAGUAGGAUCCUUAAGUGAGGAAAUUGGAACAUUCACCCGAUGCUCUGUAAAGUGGAAAAAAGGCAGCCAGCUGCAUAAAGAGAAAGGGACUGAAUUUGAGGUCCUGUAAAAUUCAAAUCCUCUAGUAACAAUUUCCCCUGUGACUGAAAACUAGCCAGACUCCCUUAAAACUGGGAUUUCGCUUAUUGUCUGUUGACUCCUUGCAUGUCUGUGAGAUUUCAUUGUUUUGGUUGUUGUUCAUUAAUGGUUUCUGGGGAGGAAAAAAAGUCUAUAAAUUUACUUUCCAUGCCCUCCCAUAAUGGAAGGGAAAUGUUGCAAAA